UACAUAAUCUAUAACAGAAAUCAAAUCAUAACAAGCGGCUAAUUGCGUACCAAAAUUCCAUCCAAGAGGCUUAGACAAACAAGCUCUCUAAUUACUCCCGACCAGACCAGACCAAACCAACUAGACCAGUUCCAACCUCAUCUCAUCGACCAAUCUGUUGGCCAAUGUUGGAAGACCCAAUGACCUCAACCGCAAAAAGAUACAUAAUUAUACCAAGCAGCCAGAAAACCACGUCCAAAACUCCCAAUGAGCAGUACACUCCCAACCAAAAUACCCAUCCAUCAAUAUCCCCCCUCUUACCCCCAAAACCAUGCCCACCUUCGGAUUCUGGCGCGCCGAAGAAAAAUCCUCCAAACCCAAGAAAAAACAUCGUGAACGACCCUCGUCAAAAAUCAUCUCCAUCCGCGAAAAACUGCACCCCGUAUUCCACGCCCCAGGCGUCUACGUCUCCCCUCAAAACCACUAUUCCACACACGUAUACCUAAUAUUCCAUCGCUACGAAGACAUGAAAUCAGGGCUGUUCUCCGCAACGAUAUCAUUCCGAACAAUGUAUAAUGAUUUUAAAGGAAUGAAAACAGUAGAUAUAUCACCUAACAGCGAAGAAGCAGAUGCGCAAUUUGAUAUUAAUGGAGGGGAAAUGAAGGGGGUGAUGGGAAGUCGAAGGAUGUUCGUGUGUAAAAUUGGGUGGGUGCAGAGGAAUGAGAAUAGGGUAUGGUGUAUGCGAAGGUUGCAGGAGUGUUUGCCGUUUCCUGUGAGACCGGAUACGAUGGAUAGUGUUGAGUGGGAGGAGUUGAGGAUGAAGGGAAUUCGAGAUGUGAGUGGAUUUCAAAGGCGAUUGGGGUGCUUAAGAAGGGGAGUACUGGGAGAGCUUGCCCGUGGAACAGUUUAGGAGAGACAUGCUGAAGUGAAGAAGAUGAGCGGAGUUGGGGAUUUUGAGGAUGAGAAACGCGCGUGGAAAAGGAGGGUUGAUAGGGCGACUCGACAUUUUGAUCAUUCGGGUGAUGUGCUUGCUUAUAGGGAGACAUUGAAAGAGCUUGGUCCGGAGCCUGGGCUUUCGUCGGAAGCUAAACAAGCGAGGUAUUUGGAUAAGAUUAUGAAUGAUGUUGGAGCGGCAUUGUAUUCUAAACAUGAAGAGCCAAGCAAAUUUUCAGAUAAGUAUAGACGAAGAGGUGAAUGAGCAGGAUUUUAAUGUUAGACUUGCGGAACAAUGUUUCGUGCGCGGAAUAAAUCAUUUUUCUGGAAAAUCAUAAUUUCUGGAGCCGAAGGGGGGUCAUACUAAACUGGAACAGAAGAGAAAGACAAGUUUAGGAGCGAUGAUAUAGUAGAAGGUUAAUAUCCAAGAAUGUUAUAAUAUUCUUUCAAACUUAGCAUUUAAAGACAGCUUGUGCCAGUCCUUGUCACUUAAGCAAACACAAAAUUGCGAAUUCAUUCUAACUUAACACCAAUACACGAUCAGCUAUUAAUGCUAAAUUACGCACCUUUCUCACAUGAAUAAAAUGAUGAUACA